UACUUCCGGUUCUAGUCCUACAGCUCCUUUUUUUUCUCCCCUCCGAAAACAAAAAGUGGCCAUCGUUUUAAUUUCUGUUUUUAAAUCAAUACAAACCGCUCGAUUGGUUUGCUGCUUGAUUUCUUAACAGUGGGCAAUAGGAAAAAGAGCACCAAGGGAAAACAAACAAAACAAAAGAGAGUCUCAAUCUCUUUGCUGGACAAGGGGAGGGGGAAGGUAUCAACUAGCAAGAGACAGAGGAGAACAGAGGAGGCAAUGGGGUUCGUAGAAGAUGAUAAAGAAGGAGUAAUGGCUACAGAUUUUUUCUGGUCAUAUACAGAUGAGCCCCAUGCCUCUCGUAGAAGACAGAUCCUCUCUCACUAUCCUCAAAUCAGAGAACUCUUUGGCCCUGACCCUUUUGCUUUUCUCAAGAUUGCUAUGGUUGUUUUGCUUCAGCUGUGGACUGCAACGUACCUUCAUGAUGCAAGUUGGCUGAAGAUAUUAAUGGUGGCCUACUUUUUUGGCUCGUUUCUCAACCACAACCUCUUCUUGGCCAUUCAUGAACUGAGUCACAAUCUUGCCUUUUCAACUCCUGUCUACAACCGUUGGCUUGGGAUUUUUGCUAACCUUCCUAUCGGGGUACCUAUGUCUGUCACCUUCCAAAAGUACCAUCUUGAGCAUCAUCGCUUCCAAGGAGUUGAUGGAGUCGACAUGGACGUCCCAAGCCUUGCCGAAGGCCAUGUUGUGACAAACAUUCUCACAAAAUCCAUUUGGGUCGUCUUACAACUCUUCUUUUAUGCUUUCCGGCCACUUUUUCUCAAACCAAAACCACCUGGUAUAUGGGAGCUUGUCAAUUUGCUUGUUCAGUUGGCUGUUGAUGCAGCUAUGGUCUAUUUCUGGGGCUGGAGAUCUUUUGCAUAUAUGAUCCUGUCAACUUUCGUUGGUGGUGGAAUGCACCCAAUGGCUGGCCACUUUAUCUCAGAACAUUAUGUCUUUAAGCCAGACCAAGAAACAUAUUCCUACUACGGUCCCUUGAAUCUAAUGACUUGGCAUGUAGGAUACCACAAUGAGCAUCAUGAUUUUCCUAGGAUUCCUGGGUACAAGCUUCACAAGGUGAGGGAGAUUGCACCUGAAUAUUAUGAUAGUUUGAAGUCAUAUAGAUCUUGGAGCCAGGUCAUCUACACGUAUAUAAUGGAUUGCACUGUUGGUCCCUUCAGUAGAAUGAAGAGAAAGUUGUCUACAGUGACCACAAACAAAUCUGAUUAAGGUUUUUCUAGUGCUGCAUUCCCUUUCCAUUUCCUCGCGUUUUUCCUGGUUUUAACAUGGGAUAGGCCUUUUUUGUUCUUUAAGUCUUUGGUUAGUUUUAUGGUUUAGUACACAAACAAGAUUUUGUAAUACUAUUAGUUUUCUUUUUCCAUUUUUCCUCUUACUAAAAUGACAUUUUCUGAGUUAUGUUGUCGAAGCAUGGAAGUAUAGACGUUGCUAGUUGAUAUAUAUGUAAUACUAUGAUCUAUUUUAGAUUUAUUUGCCCCAUUUUUCUCCC